UUACCGCAAAUUUAGUUUCUUCCCAGUGUUAUCACUUAGAAUCAGAACUUUUUAUAUCUGUUUUUUUAUUAAUUUAGUAUCUUGCUUUGUUUUGUAAAUAAUGAAUAGGGCGCUAUUAGAGCCAUGCGACAAAAAUAAUCCCAUAGUUUUCCUAGAUAUCAACAUUGACAAAGAAUUUGCUGGACGCAUGAUAAUUGAACUACGCAAAGAUGUUGUACCCAAAACAGCUGAAAACUUUCGUGCUUUGUGCACCGGCGAAAAAGGCAUCGGCAAAUUGGGAAAGCCGCUUCACUACAAGGGUAUACGAUUUCAUAAGGUGACCAGAGUCUAUGUGGCCCAGAGUGGUGAUGUGGUCAAUAAUGAUGGUAGUGGGGGCGAAAGUAUCUAUGGCACCGUAUUUGAAGAUGAAAAUUUUAAACUAGAGCAUUCGGAUGAAGGUAUCGUUAGCAUGGCUAAUUUUGGUCAACCAAAUACGAAUAGUUCACAAUUCUUUAUAACAUCAAUGGCCUGUGAUAAUCUCAAUGGUACAAAUGUAGUGGUGGGUAAAGUUUUAAGAGGCCUUGGUAUUAUUGGAGAAAUGGAUCAAAAUACCGGCGACGAUGGUAUACCAACAAAAGAAAUUGUCAUUGUGAAUUGUGGAGAAAUACCAUUGGGCGAAGACUGGGGAAUAAACGACAAAGAUGAGACCCAUGACAGCCUGCCACCAUAUCCACAAGAUUGGGAGGAUAAAUUUAAAGAAUUUUCGUCCGAUGAACUGGUUAACAUUCUCACACGUAUUCGCAAUGCCGGCAAUCAUUUCUUUACCCUGCAGGAAUACUACAAAGCUCGCCAGAAAUAUCGAAAAGCUAAUCGUUACUAUAAUCUGUUACGCAAACGCUACGAUUGGCAAGAGCUGGAACACCUCAAGUGUACCGAUGAUGAUCUCAAGAAGCUCGAUCAUUUUGCCAACCUCAACAAUCUGAAUAUGGCUGCUGUGGAGAUCAAACUAAAAAAUUAUACCAAUGCCCGCUACUGUUGUCGUGAGGUUCUACGUUUGGAUCCGGAAUGCGGUAAGGCCUAUUAUCGCUUGGGCCAAGCACAAAUGGCUUUAAACAACUAUGAAGAAGCCAUUGCCAAUUUGAAAAAGGCUCACGAUCUGGUACCUGAUAAUAAACAAAUCUUAAAUGAAUUAAAUCGCGCCAAACAAUUGAUGACCACCUACAAUCGAACGCAAAUGGCGAAUCUGAAGAAACUUUUCAACUGAAUACACUUGGGAGGGGAAAGGUACGAUCAUUCAAACUCAGAAAUUUAAGCAUGUGAUUAAUGAACGUUCUGUAAAACCGAGAUUCCUUUCUUAAUGGUGGUCUUAAACUUAUCAGGUUUAUUGAAUGGAAAGCGCUAAGUUGCUAAGAAACGAUUCGAUUACACCUGCAUACAUACACUUUUUUUGACAGUCUACCUUAAAUAUUGUCUUAAGAGAUUUAUAAAUGUGUCAUUUCACUAUCUGUGUACCUCGUUAUAUAUGUGAUUAAAUGGAAUAAAAUACAAGUAAUUAUUACUCCUUA